AUGAGAACGGAUCGGAGUAACUAUGUGGAGGAUGAUGGUGGUGGAGAGUGGACAGUAGCAAUGGGACAACACAAAAAAUUUAGAAACGACGACAAGUUUGAUGAUGAGUGGGAUAAUGAGUAUGUAAAUGGCAAUUAUGAGAGUUCAAAUGAAAAUAGUUAUUACUCAACACGUACAAUUAACAAUUCUUCAAAUAAAUAUGGUAAUAAUCAACAGGAUCAGCAACGUAAUAAUCAUUCUUAUAGUAAGAAUAAUCAUUCAUCUUCACAGCAGCAAACACUAAAGACAAAUAGUAAUGUGAUGAGUCAAUCGAUGAAUCAGACAAACGAAAGAACAACGAAUGAUCAAAUACAUAUUUCAAGUCAUGCACUAAGUUAUGCAGUUGAAAGUCAUCUACCAUCUUUUAAAAUAGAAUGUGAUCCGAAACUGCAACAACAACAAGAUGGUACAGUUUUAGUUAAAGAAUUGUUUAAGUUAAUUGAGAAUGAUUUUCGUAAAAGUAAUAAAGAUUACAAGAAACCUUUGGGAUUUGAUUACUGGUAUAUUGAUAAGCAAGGUGAUCUGAUAUGUUUUGUUAAACAAGUAGAACUGUUUGUUUAUUUUUGUGAUAUAGCACACUAUCCUAGUAAAAUAAACGAUUGUGAGAUUAAACCACUUUUACCAAAAAAGUUGCCACCUCAAUAUUCAAUAAUAAUUAAGUUUGUUAAUAACAAUCUAUCUGUACAAGAUAUUAAAGAGGAGUUAACUAUAAGUUACUCAUCGAUUUAUAUGAUUGAAGAAUUGAAUGGAACCAAGUCUAAUAAAAAUAGACAUGUACGUGUAGAUGUGAAAUCAAAGGAAGAUUAUGAUAAGAUAAUGAAUGGGAGUGUUGUUAUAAUACAUGGUCAAUGUUUUAAUGUUAACGAAUUUCUACAAGCACCAAAAUUACUUUUAUGCUCUAGAUGCAAUGGGCCAGGACAUAUAAAAAAAAUUUGUAAAAGUCCAAUGGAAAUAUGUCGUCGUUGUGGUAAAAAUAGACGGGAUGGAGAAGAUCAUACUGUGUGUGUUGUUAAAUGUCAUCAUUGUCAAGGAGAGCAUAUAUCUACAAAUUAUCAGUGUCCGGUAUUAGCUGAUUAUCGUUUUAAACUAGUUACUGAAUUACAAAAACGUCCUGAUUUAUUACCACAUGAUACACAAUUGUUUAUUCCAUCAAUAUGUCGAUCAAAGGAUUUAAAAAAUAAUAAAAUUCUAAUGAAUAAAUUAAAUACGAAUCGGACUACUGAUCUACAACAACAGUUUUACAAUAAAAAUGAUAUAAAUGCGUGGCCAUUAAUAACACAUGCAGUGAUCAAUAAUCAGUUAUCACCAUUAAGGAAUAUUAUAGAUAUUGAUAAUGAAUUAAAAAAAACGGAAAAAAAAAUAGAACAGAUAAAAAUUGAAUAUGAAUUAAAAUUCAAAGAAAUACAACUGAAGCAACAAGAAAACAUACAGAAAAUUAAUUCAACAUUAAAUAUAUUGAACUUACAAAUUAAAACACAAAAUGAAUUGAUUAGGAAUAAUACUCAAAUAAUAAAUCAAGUAUUGCCAAUAGUAUAUCAAACAUUAGUCAUCGUUAAACAAGUAGUAAAUGGGGUAAAUAUGGGUAAUAAAGAGGAAGAACAGCAGAAUUUAAGUACAUUAUCCCAACAAAUUGAACAACACUGUAUGUCAGUCGAAAAUCUUCAAACAGUAUCAGUAAAUUAUCAACAACAACUUUUAGGAGUAAUAGAUAAUCAAACAAUGUUAAUGUUGGAAGGUAUGAGAUCGAUAUCAUCAUUUAAUGAAUAG